AUGGCCCGCACCAAGCAGACCGCCCGCAAGUCCACGGGAGGGAAAGCCCCUCGCAAGCAGCUGGCCACCAAGGCCGCCCGCAAGUCCGCCCCUGCGUCGGGAGGCGUCAAGAAGCCCCACCGCUACCGCCCCGGCACGGUGGCCCUUCGGGAGAUCCGUCGCUACCAGAAGUCCACGGAGCUGCUCAUCCGCAAGCUGCCCUUCCAGCGCCUCGUCAGGGAGAUCGCGCAGGACUUCAAGACGGACCUGCGGUUCCAGAGCGCGGCCAUCGGGGCGCUGCAGGAGGCCUCCGAGGCUUACCUGGUGGGCCUGUUCGAGGACACCAACCUGUGCGCCAUCCACGCCAAGAGGGUCACCAUCAUGCCCAAGGACAUCCAGCUGGCCAGACGCAUUCGCGGAGAAAGGGCCUAG